AUGGACCCCAAGUACGACGAUACGCCCAACCUCACCUUGUGGGAGAAAGUCGACCUUCCCUUCGCCCGUUUCGCAAUUGUUGCGUCGGCACUGUAUGCAGCGCUAACAGGCGUCAUCCGAGGCAAGGCUUAUCCCGCCAAAUACAGUCACCAUGUUAUGGCCACGACGGUGCGCAAGGCCAUUUCCCGGCUGAGCGAUCAGCAAAACCAUAGAUCCUUGAACCGUCCGACAAGCGAUGUGUAUACCGCUUUCAUGGAAGGGGGUGGCCAGGCACCGGAGACGGUGAAGCUGGCCCAUGGGGCCGUGGGGCAUUGGGUUGGAAACAAGAAUGCGAAGAAUGUCUUGACAUACUAUCAUGGGGGCGGCUUCGUCAUACCAGCCGGCCCGACGCACCUCCAGUUCGUCACGGCCCUCAUCCAAGAACUCAAUGCCAACGGCCACGAGCUCGCCGUCUUCUUUGUCCGCUACACGCUCGUGCCGCGGCAAACUUACCCGACGCAACUGCGUCAAGCCGUCGAGGCUCUCCGGUACCUCGUCACUGAGACAAACCGCUCUAUGGCAGACGUAUAUCUGGGAGGCGACUCAGCAGGCGCGAAUCUAGCUCUAAGCACCUUGCUCCAUAUAUCGCACCCACAUCCAGAGAUCGACCCACUGCCCCCCUCCGAGCCUCUGGCGGGCGUAUUUGCUCUAGGACCGUGGAUCAACUUCAGCACGGACGGGCCCUCCUUCACGCAGAAUGCGAACAAGGAUCUUCUUACGAAAGGGGUCUUGGAGCGCUGGGCUAAGGGGUAUCUUGCCGGCAAAGAGCCCGAUAGUUGGAGUGAGCCAGCUCGGGCGCCCGUGGAGUGGUGGAAGGAUGUGAAAACGGAGAGGAUUUUAAUUCUAGCGGGUAGUGAUGAGCUCUUGAUUUCCUCGAUCGAGGAGUUUGCAAAGAAGAUCCAGUCUGUCUUUCCCAACACCACCUAUGUGGUUGGCUACGGCGAAUCCCACGAUGCCCCUAUCUACACCGACGCUGGUAUCGAUAAAUGUCUCAAGACAGAAACUGGGCGUAAUAUGCGGCAGUGGCUAGCCGCGAAGCUAUAA